AUGUUAAAAACAAUAAAGCCAAAAAAUGCACGAACAAAACGAAUUCUUAAGAAACGUGAGCCAAAAGUAGAAGAAAAUGUUAAAACUGCAAUUUUCAUUCGUGGUAGUACGACAAGUCAAGUGGUUAACGAUGCCUUAUCAGAUCUUUGUCGUCUCAGAAGAUCUAAUUCAAUAAAUUUUACCAAAAAAAAUAACAUUCAUCCGUUUGAUGAUGAUACAUCUUUGGAUUUUUAUUGCGCAAAAAACGAUUCAUCCUUGUUUGUUAUUGGAUCACAUUCGAAGAAGAGACCUCAUAAUUUAGUUUUUGGUAGAAUGUUUGACGGACAAGUAUUAGAUAUGAUCGAAGUUGGAAUUGAAAAGGCGAUCACCAUGAAUGAAAUAAAAACACCAAAAUGUUCUAUGGGAAUGAAACCUCUCUUUAUUUUCAAUGGUGAAUUGUUUGAAACUUCACAAGUUCAUAAAACUUUUAAAAACAUGAUGUUAGAUUUCUAUAGAGGCCAAACUAUGGAAUCAAUUAAUGUUUCAGGGUUAGAAUAUGUGAUUUCUAUAACCGCUACUGGAUCCAUCACUAGUUCUGAUAAUACGGUACCAUCGACUUUUGAUGGAAAAAUUUUCUUUAGAGUUUAUACAAUUCAAAUGACAAAAUCAGGUCAAAAAGUGCCAAGAGUUGAAUUAGAAGAUAUGGGACCAAAUUAUGAGUUCAAAUUUAGGAGGACUAGAUUUGCAAAAGAGGAAGUUUAUAAAAUUGCCACAAAGAUUCCUAAAACGUUAAAGCCAAAGAAAGUAAAGAAUGUUGGCGUUAAUGAAAUUGGUGAUAAGGUGGGUCGCAUUCAUGUUGGAAGACAAGAUUUGGGUAAGCUACAAACGAGGAAAAUGAAAGGUCUCAAGAGAAUGUCAGAAGAUAAUGAUCGGACAGAAGACUGGUCUCGCAAGAAACGAAAAGCUUAG